UUUGAACUCUUAAUUUAGUAUAGUACAAACUGAUUAAGUAGCAUGAACAGAUUUCAAAAUUAUAUUAUCAUCUUGCUGCUAGCUACAGCCGUUGGUGCAUUUCACGAAGAAUCAGUAUUCGAAGAUGAAGAUAUUUACAAUCAGGCAUUACCAACAGUGCCUUCCACUGGUAUCACCGUACCAGGUACAAAAUGGUGUGGACCCGGAAAUACAGCGGCAGAUUAUAAUGAUUUAGGCAUUCAACGUGAGACUGACACAUGCUGUCGUCAGCAUGAUCAUUGUGAAGAAAUACUAGAAUCAAAACAAUCACUAUAUGGACUUAAUAACAGCGAUUUGUUUCCUAUUAUGAAAUGCACGUGUGAGCAAAUCUUUUUGAACUGCCUACAAUCUAUUGAUAAUAUGUUUGCAAAUACCUUGGGACGUGUCUACUUUGGUACACGCAAAAAAUGUUUCGCAAACGGAUAUCCAAUUGUGCGCUGCAAGCAGCAUCAAAAUGGAACUUAUCGACAACGUUGUAUACUGUAUGAAGUGGAUAAACAACAACCAAAAAUUUGGCAAUUCUAUGAUAUGCCAUUUUAUAGCUAUAAGCGUUAGUUUAUGUUUUGCAAAUAUACAUACGUACAUUUAAGUGAAUAUAGUUAAUUAAUGUAAAUCGGAAAUAAAAGUAAACGAACAAAGAUUAAAAUUGAAAA